AUGUCAGCACUGGGAUCAAUGUCAUCAAUAGCCAUUUCCUACGAAGAAAACGGUCCUGUUUUCUGCGGCCUGAAAUCAGAUGGUUCCCAUUUGGUAACAUGCUAUGGCUCAAACUCAGCGAUAAUCUAUGGAACGCCAGCUCACUUCCCAUUCACUGGUUUAACCGCUGGCGACGGCGUUGUCUGCGGGAUGCUCAUAGAUUCCAAUCAACCUUACUGCUGGGGAACGAGUGGGUACAUUCAAAUGGGUGUCCCUCAACCUAUGAUAAAAGAUGCUGAGUAUGUAGAAAUCAGUGCAGGAGAUUACCAUUUGUGUGGUUUGAGGAAGCCAUUGACAGGCAGGCUUAUAAACAACUCCCUUGUAGAUUGCUGGGGCUACAACAUGACCAAGAACCACGAAUUCGACGGUCCAGUGCAGUCAAUUUUGGCUAGCUACGAGUUCAACUGUGGGCUGUUUGCUUUGAACAGGAAGGUUUUUUGCUGGGGUGAUGAGACCAGUAGUAGAUUGAUUAGCUUGAUCCCCAAGGAAAUGAGGUUUAGGGAAGUUUCUGCUGGUGGGUAUCAUGUUUGUGGGAUUUCGGAAGGUGUUGAUUCGACCCCGUUCUGCUGGGGGAAGAGCUUGGACUUGGAGGGAGAGAUGGCGAUGGAGAUGAUGGAAAUGGAGAAUUCUUCUGGCGAGAGCACCCCACCUCCUAGUGGCAUUAAGGUUUACCAGAUUGCAGCUGGGAAUUACUUCACCUGUGGAAUCCUCGCCGAGAAAGACCUCUCAACAGUUUGCUGGGGGUUUGGAUUCCCUACUUCCCUCCCACUGGCUGUCCCUCCUGGACUGUGUAACACUGCUCCAUGUGCUUCUGGAACCUACGAGCUCAAUUCUUCUGAAAAUAUCAAUAACGUGCCUUGCAAGGCUCUUCCUUCGGCUUCUCAUGUAUGCUUACCUUGUACCAAUGGCUGCCCUCCUGAGAUGUAUGAGAAAGCUCAGUGCACAUCGAAAUCGGAUCGACUAUGCGAGUACAACUGCUCAGCUUGCUACUCUACUGAAUGCUUCUCGAGCUAUUCUUCUGGGGAGAAGAAUAAGAAGGAGAAGAAGGAUGAGAGGGGUUGGUCGAUUCAGCUGCUUGUGAUUGUUGCAGAGGUUUCAUUUGCUGUGUUCUUGGCGGUCUUUGUGUCCGCAACUGCUGUUCUGUACGUUAGGUACAGAAAUAAGAAGAGCACAGACCUUCACGUACGAGGAGCUCAACAAGGCAACAAACGGCUUCAAAGACGAAUCCUUCGUCGGCAAAGGCAGCUUCUCACGUGUCUACAAGGGAGUCCUGAGAAACGGCACCGUGGUAGCAGUGAAAAGGCCAUGGUCUCUUCAGAACAGCAGAAUAACUCCAAGGAGUUCCACACGGAGCUCGACCUUCUGUCGAGGUUGAACCAUGCUCAUCUGUUGAAUAUGUUGGGAUACUGUGAAGAAGAUGGCGAGAUGCUGCUUGUGUAUGAGUUCAUGGCUCAUGGCUCAUUGCACCAGCACCUCCAUGGGAAGAGCAAAGGGUUGAGAGAGCAGAUGGAUUGGGUUAGGAGGGUGACCAUUGCGGUUCAGGCAACGAGAGGGAUUGAGUACUGGCAUGGCUAUGCUUGCCCUCCUGUGAUCCACCGCGACAUUAAAUCGUUGAACAUUCUGAUUGACGAGGAGCAUAAUGCAAGGGUGGCUGAUUUCGGGCUCUCCCUGCUUGGACCAGUUGAUAGUGGUUCUCCCCUGGCUGAGUACAUCAGAUACCUUGAUCCGGAGUACUAUAGGCUCCAUUACCUCACGACCAAGUCCGACGUCUACAGCUUUGGGGUUCUGCUGCUUGAGAUACUGAGUGGGAGAAAGGCCAUUGAUAUGCAGUUUGAGAUUAGAGGCAAGGAGAGGCCAUCAAUGGACAAAGUAACUACUGCACUAGAACGCGCCCUUGCACAGCUAAUGGGUAGCCCCUGCUACGAGCAGCCGAUACUGCCAACUGAGGUGGUGCUGGGGAGCAGCCAGAUGCACAAGAAAUCGUCGCAGAGGUCAUUGAACCGGUCUGGCUCUGAGGCAGUUACCGAGGUGGUGGUAGCAGCAGCAGAAGGGGAGGAACAGAGGAUCGAGUUCAGAGCUCCAUCACGGAUAACAUUCCCCAGUGUGACUUCCUCUCAGCGAAGGAAGUCGUCGGUGUCUGAGGCGGAUGUCGAUGGCAAAGCUUCGGAAACAAGAAAUGCUGUAUGUGGUGCGGGUGGGAAUGCGUUGAGGAGUUUGGAGGAAGUGAUUGGUUCUGCUUCUCCUCAAGCGAAUUUGUACCUACAGCAUAAUUUCUGA